UGCUGAUGUGGCCGGACCCGCGGAGCCGAGCCGAGCCGAGCCAAGCCAGGACCGACCACCGACCGGACACCCAGGCCCGGGUUCACAAGGCCGGUGGCCAGGAGCCGGGCUCAGGGGCCGGUGCCGUCAGGAUCGAGAGUCUGCAGCCUUGUGGCGGCGUCGAGAGCAACCGUGUGUCCUGACGGGAGCAGGUUCAUCCUGGCUCCCAGGCAGUGGCAGCAGGCGCGAUGCUGAGCCGCCUGUCGGGAUUGGCCAACUCUGUCCUGCACGAGCUGUCCGGGGAUGGCAGUGAUGCAGAUGGCUCACUGCUUCCCCCAAAUCCAGAACCACUGGGGGGUGCCGAAGUGGCCGCCCGGGAUGAGGCCGGGGAGGAGGUCCGGGAGCGCCUGGCCCAGAUGGAGCAGCUGGUGGUGCAGCUCAAGGAGCUCGUUCGGGAAAAGGACGCUCAGCUCCAGCAGAAGGAAGCGACCCUCCAGGAGGAGCGAGAUGCUGCCGAAGCCAGGAUGGCCAAGCUCAAGCUUCAGGCCAAGGCCAAGCUGGCCUCUCUGAACAAGCGUGUGGAGGAACUGAAGGCCCAAGCACCAGACCCACCGUCUGGACCCCCACCCGAGGGGCAGCCCCAGCCUGGCCAGGCUCGGGGGGAACAGGAGGGUGAUGUGGACCAGCUGAAAAGGCAGCUCGAGGAGAAGGAGGCCCAGGUUGGCGACCUGCAGGCCUGGCUGGACCAGGUGCAGGCAGAGCAGGCGGCUCAGGUGGGUGCCCUACAGGAGGUGAUCCGGGACAAGGACGCUCGCUUUGAGGCUCAGGUUCGGCAGCACGAGGAUGAACUUGUGAAGCUGCUGGCUCGGAUUGGCGCGGAGGCUGAGGUGCAGCAGGCUCUGUCUGAGAAGUUCCAGCAGCUGGAGGCAGAGCUGAGCACUGUGCGGGCAGCCCUGGAGGCAGAGCGACAGGAGGCCAGGAGGGCAGUGGAAGCCCUGGAGCUCCAAGAGGCCCAGAGGAAGUUGUCCCUCGGUGGCCCCCAGGAUGAGCUGCGUCACCUCUCAGAGCAGCUGGACCAGGAGGGCCGGGCACGGGCUGAGCUGGAGGCCCAGAUCUGUGCCCUAGAGCAGAAGCACCGGGCUGAGCUGGAGGCUCAAGUCGCCCUGGAGCAGGAGCACCGGGCUGGACUGGAGGCCCAGAUCAGCGCCAUGGAGAGGAAGUACCAGUCAGAGCUGGAGGCUCAGAUCAGUGCUCUGGAGCAGAAGCACCGGUCGGAGUUGGAGGCUCGGAUCAGUGCUCUGGAGCAGGAGCACCGUUCGGAGCUGGAGGCUCGCGUCAGUGUUGUGGAGCUGGAAGCUCAGAUCAGUGCCCUGGAGCAGAAGCACCGGGCCAAGCUGGAGGCUCGAGUCAGCGCCCUGGAGCAGGAACACCGGUCAGAGCUGGAGGCUCACAUCAGCUCCCUUGAGGAGAAGCACCGGGCCGAGCUGGAGGCUAGGGCCAGAGCCCUGGAGCAGGAGCACCGGUCGGAGCAGGAGGCUCGGGUCAACAUCGCGGAGCUGGAAGCUCAGGUCAGCGCCCUGGAGCAGAAGCACCGGGCCGAACUGAAGGCUCGGGUCAGCGCCCUGGAGCAGGAGCACCAGAAGGAGCUAGAGACUCGGGUCAGUGUUGCGGAGCUGGAAGCUCAGGUCAGCACCCUGGAGCAAAAGCACCGGGGCGAGAUGGAGGCUCGGGUCAGCGCCCUGGAGCAAGAGCACCGGGCCGAGCUGGAGGCUCGAGUCAGUAUCGAGGAUCUGGAGGCUCAGUUCAGGGCCCUGGAGCAGAACCAUCAGGCCCAGCUGGAAGCUCGGGUCAGUGCUCUGGAGCAGGAGCACCAGGCGGAGCUGGAGGAGAAGAGUUCCUACAUCCUGCACCUUCAAAACGAGGAGCAAGAGCUGCGUUCUGCCUAUGAGAGACUGCGGAUGCAGAGCGCCCAGCUGCGUCAAGACGCGGACCAGCCGACACGGGAUGCCGCCCUCGGAGCCCCACGGCUGCCAGAUGAGCUGCAAUCUGAAUCCCGCGAUUCCGGUCGGCCCCAGCUGGAGCCCGCGCCGCAGACGUCGGAAACGGCUCCCGGGACCUCUGGCGGAGAGGAGGAGGGCCUGGCUCUGAAGCUGGCCACAGAGGAACCCGGAAUCUCCUUGGAGAAGAGAGAGGAGGAGCCGGAGGCCGACGAGGGAACCGUGGCCUCGGGUUUGGUGUCGGACUUGGGAGAGCUUCAGUCUGAGAAUGAGAGGCUGCGGGCCCACGUUGCUCUCCUGGAGAGUCAGCUCGGAGCCAGGGCGGCACCGGGAGAGCUGAGCCAGGUCAGCGGGCCCGCCGAGGAGAGUGGCCGCAGCAGCUGCCUGGACGGCGACCCCUCCCGGGAGCAGCAGGCCCUGGACGUCUUGCUGUCAGAGAUGAAGGAAGCCCAGGAGGAGAUCGCGUUCCUGAGGGGGCAGCUCACGGGCCCAGCCCGGCUCGGCCCCGCGCUGGAGGGAGAGGGGUCGAGCAUCGGGGAAGAGAGCGGCCCUCCAGGCUCCCCCGAUGAAGGGUGGGAAAGCACGGUCCCACGGAUAGGGCCGAGUCCCCCCGGAGAGGAGACGUGGGCCCCGUCCGACAGUGCUGCCCUGGCCGAUGCCGCCUCCGCUCCCAUUGCCACUGACCUGUCCUUUGAUGCCCUCCCGGCCGAUUGCACGUCUGCGGCCUCCACCACCGCCGGCCCAUCCGGCGACUCCACCCCGGCCGGCUCCGCCGCCGUGUUCGACCCCACCACCCCAUCCGAUGACAACGCCCCGUACGACGCCACCGCCCCCCGGCCAGCCAGCCCAGCCCAGCACGAGGAGCUGGAGAGACUGGGCCGGGAGAUCCUGGCGCUGCAGGCGAGCCUACGGCAAGCCGGGGAGGAGUACGAGGCGAACUUGGCGGCCAAGGAGUCGGUCAUCCGCCAGCUGGAGCGGCGGGCCGAGGAGUGCCAGAGAGACGCCGAGCUCUGUCGAGGGGCCCUGCGGGCCACUUCUGACGAGAGAGACCGGCUCCGCUCUCGGCUCGAGGAUCUGGGUGUGGCCGAGGCACUUGGGGCUCGGUUUAGGAGACCGGAGGAAACCCUCUCUUUGACAGACAGGCACGGGGUCUCGGACGGCCACGGAGGGGUGGUGGCAGAGACGGAGCGGCUGCGGGCGGCCCCCACCGACGGGAAGGAGCCCCUCGAACGGCAACCGGUCACCCCAGGAGACGGGUCCGGGGGAGAGUCCCUGCUGCGAGCCGGUUCCACCACUCAUCAGCCCGAGGACCCUGGUGGCGAGGGCCCGGAGGAGGAGCGAGACCACCUGCUGGCGACCGAGAGGGGCACCGCUGACCCCCAGGCCGGGGCUGCCGUGGAGGAGCCGGGUGGGCGGGAUGGAGCCCCAGGGUUAGGAGGGAGCCAGGAGCCCAAGCUGCAAGAAAGGGUCUGGAGCCUGGAGCAGGAGAAGGAACAGCUGCAGCAGGAGCUGCAGGAAAAGGCCCGGAGCUUGGAGCAGGAGGAGCAGCUGCAGAAGGAGCUGCAGGAAAGGGCCCAGAGCCUGGAGCAAGAGAAGGAGCAGCUGCAGAAGGAGCUGCAGGAGAGGGCCCGGUCCCUGGAGCAGGAGAAGGAGCAGCUGCAGAAGGAGCUGCAGGAGGCCGUGGCCGCCCGCAAGGGGACCCUGAAGAAGGCCCGAGAGCAGGCCCGACUCCACCGGGAGCAACUGAGGCAGCACCAGGAGCGCGCCGACCUCUGGCGGGAGCAGCUGGACGAGCAGAGUCGGGAGAACAGGUCCCUCCGGGACCAGCUCCGGCAGCUCCGGGCCCGGGGGACACAGUUGGCAGAGAGUGGAUCCCCGCCCAGGCCAGGGGACGCCCCGGAGGACACCCUAGAGGACGCUUCAGGAGACACGGCAGAGAAAAACUCAGAGGAGGUUGAGAGCUCACUCGCUGUCACCCAGGCCCCAGACGGGCAUGGAGGCCCGGGAGCGGACUGUGCCCCACAGCGAGGAGACAGUCCAACAGGCCUGGUCCGGGCCCAGCUCGAGGAGCCACAGUUGGGGUCUGGAGCCUCCUGGGGGAGCCAUGCCCCUGUGGCAGAUGGGGCACUUCAGCCCAUGGAGGGGGAGGCCCUGGACCGGACCACUGGCCUUGGGCCGGAACUGGCAAGCAGCCGGCCGGAGGCGGCCAGAUUGGAGCAGCUCAUGGAGGAGCUCCAAACCCAGCUGAGCCAGCGGGAGGAGGACGUGGCCUCGCUGACAGAGGCCCUGGCUCACGCGUGUGCCGAGUCACGGGACCAGAAGGAUCUGGUGGCGGCCCUGAGCGCCCGGUUGGAAGCACAGGCCCUGGAGCACGUGGACCAGACCCAGCGGCUCCGGGAUGAGCUGGGCGCGGAGGCCGAGGCCAGGGCCCAGCUGAUACCACUGCAGAGGAAGCUCCAGGCCGCGCUGGUGUCCAGGAAGGAGGCCUUGAAGGAGAGCCGGGGCCUCCGCGAGGAGCUGGCAGAGGCCAGGGAGCAGGCGGCGGGCCUGGGCGCUGCUCUGGCCGAGGCGGAGGGUCGGGCUUCGGCCGGCGGGCGCGAGAGGGAUGGGCUGGUGGCUCAGCUGGAGACCCUCCAGGCAGACUACGAGAGGCUGGUGGCUGAAGCGGACCGCUCCCGGGAGGAGAGUCGGAGCCUGGGCGGCUCCUGCGACAGCCUGAAGCUGGCACUGGAGGGCCUGGCACAGGACAAGGAGUCAUUGGAGCGGGAGCUGGGCGCCCUGCGUGACGCCCGGGAGGCUGAGGGCGCCGGGUGGCGGGAGCGGCAGGCGGAGCUGCAGCGCGAGUACGAGACCCUGUUGCGCUCCUACGAGAACGUGGGCGGAGAGGCGGAGCGUGUCCAGCGCCUGCUGGAAGCUGCGCGGCGGGAGAAGCGGGACCUGCUCGCCCGACUGAGAGGUGCCGAGGCUGAGACCGGGGAUGCGGAGAAGCGGCUGCGGGAGACCGAGCAGGAGAUGGAGGGCCUCAGGGACAAGAUGAGGAGGUUUGCUAAGUCCAAGCAGCAAAAGAUCCUGGAGCUUGAAGAGGAGAACGAGCGGCUGAAAGCCGAAGGGUACGCAGUUCGAUGGGAUGCCCAGAAGGACACCCGUGAAGGAGCCGGGGGAGACGCCCACGGGGAUGCUGAUGGGGAUGCCCAUGAGGAUGCCCACGAGGACGUCCAGGAAGACGCUGGUGGAGAUGCCCACAAAGAUGCCUGUGAGGAUGCCCAAAAGGAUGCUGGUGGGGAUGCCUACGGGGAUGCUGGCAGAGAUGCCCCCAAGGGUGCUCAUGAGGACCCCCAGGGAGAUGCCCACCUGGACCCUCGUGAGGAUGCCAAUGGGGACUCCCUCCUGCCUGCCCCCCUGGGCCCAGAAGAGGACCUGGAGAGCAUCCGGUCUCAGCACCAGGCUCUGCGCGAGGAGUGUGAGGCGCUCAGGGCGGAGAAGGAAUCGCUCGGCCUCGAGGUCCAGGACUUACAGCAGCGGCUCGAAGCCACCGGAUCCGGGCAGAGCGGGAGCCUCGAGGCCGACGGCGAGCGGGAGGGUGGGGAUGGGGCGCAGCCGGCCGCAGCCCCGCCGGCCCCGAGCAACCAGGCGGCGGAGGCCGGACCGGCGAGCGCGGAAGCCCAUGGCGGGCCCUCCACCCAGCACGUGGCCCGGCUCGUGGAGGGGGUCCCCGACCCAGAAAGGGAAGAGAAAGACGAGGAGGAAGAGGAGCUGCACAGUCUGCGGGAACGGCUGCAGGUGUCGGAGGCCCGGAGGGAGGCGCUGGAGAGCCUGCUGACGGCCCGGGCCGGUGAGCUGGAGACAUUACAGGCCUCGGUCUCGGCUUUGGGCCACCACAGCCAACAGGCCCGGGAGGAGCUGGCGCACGCGGUGCAACGGCACAAGAAGUUGGAGGAGGAGAAGGACGAUCUGGAAGAGCGACUCAUGAAUCAGCUGGCAGAACUGAACGGCAGCAUCGGCGAUUAUCAGCAGGCGGCCUCCGACACGCAGGCUGCCAACCAGCGCCUGGAGGCGGAAAUCCGGACCCUCCAGAGCCGCAUAAGGGAGCUGGAGGAGCAGCAGGGGCCAGAGGCCGGGGACGUUGCCAGGGAGGAGGCUGAGGGGCGGGGCACUCAGCCUGGGGCCCAGCCCACGGUCCAGUCCGCAACCCAGCCCGUCAUCCAGCCUGCGGUCCAGCCCGUGGUCCGGUCCGCAGCCCAACCUGAGGCCCAGCCCGCAGUCCUGGCCACGGCCCAACCCGUGGCCCAUUCCGCGGCCCGUCCCGAAGCGGGUGGCAAAUCCCUAACUAAGGAGCUGCAGGAGCUGCUGAAAGAGAAGCAGCAGGAAGUAAAGCAGCUGCGCCGAGAUUGCAUCCGCUACCAGGAGAAGAUCAGCGGCCUGGAGAGGACCAUCAAGGCUCUGGAGUUCGUCCAGAGCGAGGCCCAGAAGGAGGUCCAGGGAGCCAGGGCCAGCGUGGCCGGGGCCGAGGAAGCCCGCCAACGGGCCCGGGCCGAGCUGGCCGCCUGCAGGACUCUGCUGGAUGACACGCAGAGCGAGGCCGCGCGGGUCCUGGCGGACAGCCUCCGGACCCAGGAGGCGCUGCGAGCCGGCCGCGAGCUGGCAGAGAGGCAGCUGAAGAGCAGGGAUGAGGACCUGGAGAGGAGGCUGGGGCAGGCAGAGAUUGAGCAUGGGAGGGAGCGGCGGAACCUGCAGGAGCAGCUGGCCGCCCAGCAGCGAGAGAAGGUCCGUGCGGAAGAGGCUGCGGCAGAGGCCCGCGCCGCCCUGGGCGAGCAAGAGCAGGAGGCUCAGAGGUUGCAGGACAGCCUGAACGGCACCCUGGCCCAGCUGGCCGCCCUGGCCCGCAGCAUGGCCUCCCUCCAGGAUGACCGCGACCGUGUGCUGGACGAGUCCAAGCGUUGGGAGGACAGGUUUGGCGCUGCCCUGCAGGCAAAGGAGGAUGAGCUCCGUGCGGCCGAGGGGCGCUGUGGCGAUUUGAGGGACCGGCUGAGGCAGGAAUCCGUACGCACCGAGGAGCUGCAGAUCGACCUGGCCAGACUGCAGCAUGACCAGGGGGAGCGGGAGUCGGCAUUGCGAGCUGAGCUGCAGCAGCUCCAGGAGGCUCAGGAAGACCUGCGAGAAGAGAAGCGGGGACUCCGAGCCCGGCUGGAGGAGAGCGAUCGGCUUGCCCGGGACUCUCGGGAGGAGGUGGACGGCCUGCGGUCGCAGGCGGAGGCCCUGAGGACGCGCGUGGCCGAGCUGGAGCACACCCUGGCCCGUGGGGAGGAGGCCAGGGCGGCGGCAGAGGACAGAGCCCGUCAGCAGGCCGCUGAGAUCCAGAGCGGCCAGUUCCGCCUGGAGCAGCUGGAGGCCGACCUGCGGGCCUCCGCCGGCCUGGCCAGCCGGCUGCAAGAAGAGAUCGGUUCAAAGGAGCAGAAGCUGGUCGGCGCACUGGCCGCCAGGGAGGAGGCCGUGGUCGCGGCCUGCUCUGACCUGCAACAGAGGCACAGUCAGGCCCUGGGAGAGCUGGAGAGCCGGCUGGCCCGGAAGGAAGAGGAGCGGGCGGCCGCGGAGGCCGAAGGGAAAGCGGCGGCCGGCCGGGUGGCUGAGCUCGAGGCCCAGGUGGCCGCCCUGCGGGAGGAGGGCCGGCAGCGCCAGGCCCGGCUGGACUCCUUCCCCGGAGCCAUGGCCUCACUGCAGGAUGACCGCGAGCGGCUGCUCAGUGACUACCGGCAGCUGGAGGGGCGUCACCUAUCAGCCAUUCUGGAAAAGGAUCGCCUCAUCCAGGAGGCCGCGGCCGAGAGCAACGCUCUUCGGGAGCAACUGCGUGGAGCCCGGGGCCGACUGGACGACCUGCACUCUCACGGUGCCAAGCUGGAGGCUGAACUGGCCCGGUACCGACGGGCGGAGCCGGGGCCGACGGACGGGGCCGGGCCCGAGGCAGGGGAGGAGGGCGAGGUCCAGCGUCUGGGUGCCGCCCUGGCCCUCUCGCGCAGGACGGUGGCCGAGCUGCAGGAGGAGCUGUCCCGGGCCCGGGAGGAGGUGGCCCGAGGGGCGGCCGUGGCAGAGGCCCGCCUCUCGGAGGAGCUGAAGCACCUCCACCACGACGCGGGCAUCAUGCGCAACGAAACGGAGACAGCUGAGGAGCGGGUGGCUGAGCUGGCCCGGGACCUGGUGGCUGUGGAGCAGAAGCUGCUGACCGUGAACGACGAGAACCAGGCCCUCCGGGCUCAGGUCCAGGCCUUCGGGAAGGCCAUGAGCUCCCUGCAGGACAGCCGCGACCAGGCCCACGAGGCGCUGCGGGCGCUGAGGCGAGAGCGGUCCCUGCCGCAGGGGGACGGGGACGUCUCAAGUUCUACUGCCAAGGCGGCGGGAGUCCCGGGGGGCAGCGUUGGCCGGACCUCACCUCCUCCCCGCGGGGCCGGGGCCGGCGAGGCUGAGGUCCGCAGCCUGAAGAGAGCGAUGGCUUCCCUGCAGAACGACCGAGACCGGCUGCUGCAAGAACUGAAGAACCUGCAACAGCAGCACCUGCGGGUGAGCGAGGAGGCUGGCGAGCUGCCCCCGUUGAAGGCUCAGCUGCGGGAGUGCCGGGAGGAGGCCGACCGGCACCGGGCCCUCUGGGAGAAGCUCCAGGAGCAGAGCGUCACCUGGCAGGAGGAGCUCCACCAGCUCAGGCUGGAGAAGAGCGAGCGGGAGAUCCAGGACAGGACGGAGAAGCAGCAGCAGCAGCUCUCAGCACUGUCGGACCUGGAGCGGCGGCGGCAAGCGAGCCCCACGCAGACCCCCUGCAGCCCACCCACCGCCACCCAGGAGUGGGGCCGAUGCCAGGGGCCCGUGGAGGCGGCAGAAGCGGAGGUGGAGGUGGGACGGCUUCGGGCCCAACUCGGAGACAGCUUGGAGGGGCUGCAUCAGAAGGAGCUGAGAAUCCAGCAGUUGAACUGCAAGCUCACCCAGCUCUUCGAGGAGAAAAGCUCCCUGUCUGCCCAGCUGCGGGGCCACAGCCAGAGCCUUCGCGAGAGCCACCAGCGCUACAGCGGCCUCCUGAACCACUGCACCGCCCUGGAGGAGCGGCUGCGGGAGCUGCAGCCCCAGGGCAAGGGCCCGGAGCUGCUGUCCACAGAUGCCGCCCCGGGAGCUCCCCAGGAGCGGGACGCGGACCCCGGAGAGGGCGACCCAGCCGAGCUGCGGGAGCUGCAGCUGAGGUUUUCUGAGGCUCAGCAGGAGCAGAACCUCCUGAAGAAGCUGUUGGCAGAGGAACGGGACCAGCGGCUGGUGGCUGAGGAUGCUCUUUCCGAAGCCCAGGAGCGCAUUCGGAGGUGGGAGCUGGGGGAGCUGGGGGAGCAGAAUUCGGGGCGAUCUCUCCUCGACGCCUGUGGCCCCCACGAACAGGCCUUGCUAAUAGAACCCACGGCCUCCUCCCUCCGCAGGGUGCGGAGCAGCGUCGGAUGGAGGCGGGCCCUGCGUUCCCUCUGCUAUUCCCGGACCCGCGGGCCCCUGCUGGCCGCCGCCUACCUGCUCACCGUGCACGUCGUCCUCCUGCUCUGCCUCACUGGCCACCUGUGAGCCCGGUCUACCCUGACUCCCGGAGCACCACUCCUGCUCACCGGGAGCUUCGGCGUCCCUGCAUGGAGCACUCCAGCCCAGGGCCCCAUCCCCCAUCCCCACCGUCAAGGCAGGGUGGGGCGGAGUGGGGCAGGCCCCCGGCCUGGGGAAGAGAAGGUUGGAGAAGUUGAGGGGAGCAGGGGCUUCCCACUUGAGCUGGUUUUUGCCCACUAGGUCUCCCACCUCAGCUCAGCUUCCCAUCCGCCCCAGGGCCCCGUUCCCCUACCUCCCUGGCAAUGACCACAGGCUCUCUUCUCCCUUCGGAGUCAUCUCCAUUCCCGCCGGGGAUCAGAAUCUAAGACCUGCCAUGGAGCUGACCGGCGGGCCCGGCGGGAGCAGUAGGAGACAAAUUCAGGGACGAGAGUCGGGGAGAGGUCGGACCCCUGAGCUGGACGUUAUGGUUAUACCUGCUGGUGCCCUUCCUCUGCCCUGACCCCAGGUCCAGGGAGAGGGACGGCAGGUUGGCCUGAGGGCCUGGAGCCCUGGGGGGUCGGGAGCCCUGGGGGCCGGGAGCCCUGGGGGCUGGAAGUCCUGGUCCCUUACCUAGUGCCAACCAGGAGUAGCCAAGAAAACAAUAAAGUCACUUUUCAGCA